AUGAGGAAACGUCGCAGUGCUUCUACUGGAAGCAGCAGCAGCAGGUCCAGCUCAUCUUCAAGUAGCAGCUCUGGUUCUAGCUCAGGCUCCUCCAGUGGGUCCAGUUCAUCUGGGUCAUCUGGCUCCUCCAGCUCUCGUUCUUCAUCAUCUUCCAGCUCGUCUGGGUCGCCGAGCCCAAGCCGAAGACGUCAUGAUAACAACCGAAACAGGUCUAAUUCAGCGGCAAACACACAGAAGAAAACUGAGGAGAAGGAAAGGCGAAAAAGAAGCCCAACCCCAAAGCCAACCAAGGUUCAUGUAGGUCGACUGACAAGAAAUGUCACAAAGGAUCACAUACUGGAGAUUUUUUCAACUUAUGGCAAAAUCAAAAUGGUGGAUUUAAUGAUGGACAGAGGUCAUCCUCAUAUCAGCAAGGGGUCUGCCUACGUAGAGUUUGAGACGCCAGAAGAGGCCCAGAAAGCACUCAAACACAUGGAUGGAGGCCAAAUUGAUGGACAAGAAAUAACUGCACAAGCAGUGUUGCCUCAGCGUUUCCGGCCACCACCUCGUAGGUUUUCACCUCCUCCACGAAGAAUGCCCCCGCCACCGCCAAUGUGGCGCCGCAGCCCCCCGCGCAUGAGAAGGCGAUCUCGCUCUCCAAGGAGGCGCUCCCCAAUCCGCCGCCGCUCUCGCUCCAGGUCUGCAGGCCGCCGGCGUCAUCGCUCUCGCUCCAGUUCCAACUCCUCCAGAUAG